AUGUCCUCGUCGUCGUCUUCGGGAGCCUUGGCCGAUAUGAUGGCCGCUGGGUCCUCCCGCAGCCAGGAGAGGUUAGUGGCUCUACUCUCCCAAGCUCACAGAGCGAGCAAUGUGGAGGUUCGAAUAGAACUCCUGCAGCAAGCAGCCGAACUUCUAUUGUACCACAGCGCGCCGAAUGACCAGAGAAUCGAUGAAUUCUUGGACACCUUUCUGGCCUUCCACCUCGACCGGUUGGCUCCUAUCAGACGCUUCUGUGCUCACUUUAUACACAACCUAUGCUAUACACGAUCGCGGUACUCUCUGAGAUGCCUCUCUACCCUCUGUACGUUGCUCUCUGAUAACGAUAUGGGUGUUGUACGACUGGCACUGGAAGCAGCGCGGACUAUUUACCCGAGGGCUAUCUAUUGGACCAGCGUAGUGCAGAAGCAGGCACAGCAGCAGCUGACCUUGUUGAUGAUGUCGGCUGAUGCUGAUGGACAGUCAGCAGCAAUGCGGCAUCAACAGCAGCAGAGUGCUGCUAUGGCUCGAGAGAGCGCACAGUUGUUGAGGGCAGUCUUGGCUGGAAUAGCACAGCACUCUACGAGAGGUCAUCAUGGCACCUUCAUCGCAGCAGUGGAAGCUCUGACCAUCAUCGCACUAUGCCAGAGCUCUCUCGAGGGCAGCGGGACGGACACUAGUGGACGAGCUCUUGGGAUGAAGUCCCAGGCAUACCUAGAAGAAUAUGGCGCCAGUUGUCUGGAUGAUCUGAAGUUGUCUCUGCCCCUACAAGGAGAUGCUGGGGACGGCUCUUUCCAAGGGGGGCUAGAUGAGGCUCAACUGCAGCGGGACUCGGAGCAGAUCGUGCUGGCUUUGUGUAAAAUGAUGCUCACUGUGUCUCAUGGAGAGGAGUGGGAUGAGACCUCUGCUGGAGGCUCGGAAGGAGACAAGAGAACGGAGGGUGAAAUGGUGUCUGUGGUGAGAGCUCUCGGGGUUAUCGGAGCUGAAAGGGCUUCGGCCAAUGCACAGGGCAUCAUGCUCACUUUUGCGAGUGGUUUCGAGGACCUUAUGGAAGUCUCUAGCAAGACCGGCAGACUACGAUCGGCGUUGAUACAGGCCGUCCGAAGGAUGCUGGCGUCACCCCAGUGUACGCAGUGGCAACCUAAACUGGCUGCUAUCCUACAGCAGUUACUGCAGGCUGCAGGUCAAAUUGAGCAGGAGACGCUGGACCAGAUGGUGUUCGAAGCUGAGCAAGCAAGGCUUCGGGAGGUCUUCGCUGGCGAGGACCCCACAAGGCCGGAGCCGCAUGCGAAGCGACGUAAAAUCGAAGAUGAGAAGACUCUCUCAGGCAUUGACAUGGUUGAUGAGGAGCACGUGGUGGCUGUAUGUGCAGUGAGGGCUACAGGCUCGAAUGAUUCCCUAACAAGGAUGGUUCAGAAGCUGUUAGGCAGGCUGCCGAGGGAACUGGUCAAUGCCGAGGCUACAAUACAGAGGGUUAUACGGGUGACGGACGCGGAUGGGUUCAGCAACACUGCCACUGUCCAGCGAAAGCUCGACCGGGCCAAGGCGCUCUUCAGCUGUACAGCACAGGACUUCCUGGAAGUUACUGAUGAUGAAAAUGGAGAGGAGACAGAAGAGGAAUUGCCUCAUGUGGUGGAGUCGCCUGAACAGAAGGGGGUUGGACCGGUGGACCCUGCGGCAGCUAAGGAGGCGAGGGAUGAACUUACUAAGGCGAUCUUCUCUAGCGUGUUGAAAGCACUGAGUCGGUAUGAGAGUUCGGCACUGAGCUCACCGUGCUUCGAGAAAACGGCCACGCAAUGGUUCAAGGACACUUACUCGGGCCUUGUGGCUCACCUUUGCAAUACUCGUGGAAAGGAGGCAGAGUUCACGCAGAUGGCGCUGCAGUAUUUCUUGGAUCGGACUAGACCGACGACUGAGCCGGAGCAACAGCCGGUCCAUCUGGUCGAUUGUGGGGUGGUGGAGUUGAUGGCGAGUCGCCAUGCAUUGGCUGCUGCUAAUGAAGGAGAUAUUCCGCUGACCUACGAAGGGGCAUCGCAGAUUCUCCUAACGGAAAUCCUAAAGCGAGAUUACCUCACUGUUCACGACAUACGUAUUCUCCUCCUUGCCCUACCCGCCGUCCCGAUGUGCUUUGUGGAGUACCUGUGGCAUGCGGCUUCGGGUGCAUCGGAAGCUGUGAAGCAGCGCCGACAGGCACUGUUGGCUCUACGAGCGGUUAUGGCGGAAAGGGUUGGUGCUGAAAGAACAGUCGCUGGGGGGCCGACGACAAGGCAGAGUGCCUUCUUGGGGUUGGCUCGCACGAGUGCCUUGGGGCCUAGUGAAGAUAUCAGAGCUGACGCGACUAAGCUUAUUCUCGCGCCCGAUAAGUUUUAUAAUCCAGCAGCGUUACCACCAAUCGACAAGGAGACGUGUGAAGGCACGUGGAGAUGGCCUUACCUGGGGGAGCCAGCGGAUGAACACAUGUCGGAUCCCUCUAGAGCUGAAGACUGGGUAGACUGUGGCUGGCUGAUGACUAGUGGUCUCGAGGAGUACGCCUUUGGGUGCAUACUUGCUGCCUCGGCUCCACAGCUGAAUGAGUUCGCUCCCUUUAUCGCGAAGGCCAUUGAAGAGGACAGAAAAGGAGAGGAGGAGGAGCCGCCCGCCACGGCCAGGGCGUCCUUGUUUUUGCAAAUGCUUCCUAAGAGGCCCUCGUUGCUACAUACAGUGGUUGCCUGUGGUGAUCUCCAUCCGGGCCUGGUAUCUCAUCUCACAGCCCAAGUUCCUGUGGCGAUAGUAGAGGCAAUGAGAGCGGAGCAAGCUGGUGGCAAGACUGAGCCCAACAAGGCUGAGGCGCCGAGCCAAGUGGUGGAUUCGGCAAUUGUGGCGUCAGUGAGGGAAGUGGUGCAACGCAGCUGCCAGCCAUCGUACGCCGUCGAUAGGCUGGCGGGCAUAUUUAUGGAGAUGAUGAAGGCGCCCGAGGUCGCUAUAAGAAGACGGCUCAGCAGUCAGGGAUACGUCCAGGCAGUGACUGACAUGAUGGAUGAGGGCGAUGCCCCCUCUGUGGACAGUCGUCUCCUCUUGGCGGUCCUACCUGGAUGUCCUCAUGAUGCAGUGUUGAGCAGCUACCUCUCAGCUGUAGUCAACGAGGAACGGAUGUAUAGUAAGGGUAACCUGGAGUUCACAACGGUGGGUAUGGGGCGACUCCUGGAGAAAGCCAGUGGGGCUUGA